UUUGGAGUGCACUGUAAAACGCAAACUGUGCUCUUUGUGAAACAAUCGUUGCCGUUUUCAGCAGAACAUCUCUCAGCUCAGAAGUACUUGGUCACUUGUAGAACUUGUCCCCUCCCUCUGCACAAUACGCCGUAUAGCAAAGCCUGGCCCUCCCUGUACAGCUGGGUGUGGGCGGCGGUGUGACAGUGUGUAGGUAAAGUGGCAGAAAGUUUCAGUCGGGACACAAGUGGCAUUGGGAGAGGACAGCGUGAUAGACUCAGGGGAGAUGGGUGAUAAUUCACAUUGGUCUGGGGGACAUAUCCUAGGUGCUGUCAGCCACCUGCUCACAGAACUGCCUGCAGAACAGCGUAUCUUCCUAACAGGUCAGAUAUCAGCCCUGAUUCUAGCUGCCCUGUUCCGUUGUUGUCUGCCUCCCUCCAGGUGCAGCCCCCAGCUCAGGCACACUGUAGCCUCUAUUCUUGGAAUAAGCCUGUCAAUCUACUGCUUUAGAUGGCUCACCUUAUUUUUAGUUGGAGAGAUAGUCCUAGGUUAUCUAAUGCUACUCGUGGUGGACUCCAGAAGAGUUCAUGCGUACACUCUGCUGAUGACAAUGGGAUACUUGACAUUCUUCCAUAUUCGAAGAUAUAUUACUCCUGAUGGGGAUCAACUGGACUUUACUGUGCCCCUCAUGAUGUUGACUCAGAAAAUCAGCAAAGUGGCUUUUGAAUUUCAUGAUGGUUGUGUCACAAAGGAACAAUCUCUCAGUCCUUCACAGAGACAACUUGCUAUCCGAUCCCUUCCAGACAUCAUCUCCUAUUUGAGUUACACCCUGGGGUUCCUGGGGCUUUUGGCUGGGCCCCUCUGCUCCUAUAACGAUUACCAGAUAUUUAUCCGAGGGGAACAGAAGUGUGGGAACCCAACUGUUGUCGUCAUUAAGAAGCUGUGUUUCUGCUGUAUACUCUUGGCUGCUCACCUCUUCCUAUCAGAUCGCUUCUCAUUGUCAGAUGACCCUCAGCGCUUUGUAGGUCUGCACUUCCUUGAUCUUUAUUUAACCGCUGGCUCAAGGAGACCUAAGUAUUACUUUGCCUGGACCCUGGCGGAUGCCAUUAAUAAUGCAGCAGGCUUUGGAUUUAACGGUAUCAGUGAGGAUGGGACAGAGAGAUGGGAUCUACUUUCCAACCUAAAUAUACUAAGGAUCGAGACAGCAACCAGUUUCAAGGUGUUUAUUGAUAAUUGGAACAUACAGACAACCGUGUGGCUGAAAGAGGUGUGCUAUGACAGGAGCCCAAUUAAUCCCCUCCUAUCCACCUUUAUGCUCUCUGCACUCUGGCACGGUGUGCACCCUGGGUACUACCUCACAUUCUUCACUGCUGUACCCAUCACGCUGGCAGCUCGCAGGGUGAGGCAGAAUGUACGCCCGUGGUUUCAGAGAACAGCACUAAGCAGGGCAGCGUAUGACGUAAUUACAUGGUUCUGUACACAAGUAGCAAUGAGUUACACCGUGGCUCCUUUCCUUUUGCUGGAGUUGGGACAAUCUGUAGAAGUCUACAGAUCACUGGGGUUCUGUCUACACAUUGCUCCUAUUUUGCUCCUUCUGAUUCUGCCCCAAAGAACCAAACCACGAAGUACAGAGGAAAAUGGUACCAAGAAAGCUUUGGACCGUAACUACAACCACCUGAAGAAGGAAUUUUAAGGGACGGAGGGGAAUAGAAAGGGAAAUGGGUUAGAACAUGGGAGAGAGAGAAGCUGAGACAGUGAAAGAGCCAAUCUGAGGUUGAGAGGAGUAAAACCGAAGGGACGAAGAAAGAGAAAGGGAAGGGGAGAAAGUGGAAGAGAUAAGAACACAAGAAAAAGCCGGAAAGGAAGAGACAUAAAACAGAAGAGAUAAAUGAACUAUCUGCAAGAGAAUAAUAAAGUGAACCAAAUAGAUAAUUUGGGGGAAUACAGUGGGGAAGAUGAGUGGAGUAUGAACGCAGAGCGAAGAUAAGAGAUACGUACAGGAGACAAGAAUAACGAUAUUGGAAGAAACCAUUUUAAGAAAGAGGGAAAAGCCUUAUUUUAUUUGUCUCAAACAAUAUAUAAAAUAAGAGCUUCUCUGUUUUUCAAAUAUUUUGAUACCCUAUUAGCUACCAUGAAACAUUUUAGUUUUUCGAGACUUUUCAAAAUUGCUCGGAUGCCUGUUUACAAGUUUUCACAUUGGACUGAAAUGUAUUAUUUAGCAACUAAAGACUAUGAAUGUUUAUUAUUAGUGUUUUUUUUAUACUGUGAGACAAACCUUGGCACUUAACGUUUUUAUCUAGGUUUGAAAAAGUAGUUUUUUGUAUUUUGUGUUAAUGUUAAAAAGCUAAAAUACAUUCAUAGGUUAACAUAUUUACUUCUGGAAAGUUAAAUAAAAAAAAUAUAUAUUUAUUUUUAUUGUCAAAGAUUUAUGUAGAGUCAGACUUCUAGUGGUAUAUUAUAUUCUAGUUGAAAAGAUUUUGAUGACGUUUUUCAACAAUGUUCACAGUUAAGUUUAUAGGCAUUUUUGUAAAUAAGUUAAAUGAUAAGCUAUUUAGGAGGAGUACAAUAUACUUCUUAGAUAGCUACAGAAGGUAGGAUCUGCACUACUCAGAAAGAUCAAUACAUUUCUAUAGAUAAUCCCUAAUUGUCAGUCUGAAAAUUGGAUCAUAUCACUAUAUGUAUAUAAUGAGCGGUUUUGAACUGAAUAAUCUCAUUUUAAAUUUUUUUUAUUACUUUUUUUAAAAAAAUCACAUUUUCCCCUAAUUUUCACAUUAAUAAAACAUUUGUGAUAUUUGUAAUAAG